AUGCAAAUCCUCUACAACGCCUUAAUCCGCACCCACCACAUAACCUCCCGCAAAAAAGUAGCCGCCCUCAAACGCGCCGCAGACACACACCAAUGCGCCGUGCUCCUACGCUCCGGCGGAUGUCCGGGGAUCAUGUACGUGGAGGGCGGGAAGGAGCCGGUGGAGAGCUGGGUAGAUGUUGUACGCCGCCUACGAUAUAAGGAUUUCCAGUUGGUGACAAGGCCCGGGGUUGUGGAGGAGGAGGGGGAAGGUGGAAAACAAGGGACUGGGAACGGGAAUGGGGAGAAGAAAAACGGGAAAGAGCUGGAUCUCCCGUUGGGAUUGGAUGAGGUAGAGAGUGUCAAGGAGUUUGGGGGCAUCAUGGCGAAGAGGGGGGUCUGGAAUUGGUGGAGGAGGGGGAUGGGGUAUGCUUGA